AUGCACAGAACCACCAGGAUAAAGAUCACUGAGCUGAAUCCCCACUUGAUGUGUGCUUUGUGUGGCGGCUACUUCAUAGAUGCAACCACCAUAGUGGAAUGUUUACACUCCUUCUGUAAAACCUGCAUCGUCCGCUACCUGGAGACCAACAAAUACUGUCCCAUGUGUGAUGUCCAGGUGCAUAAAACCAGGCCCCUGCUCAGCAUCAGGUCUGACAAAACCUUACAAGACAUAGUGUACAAACUAGUCCCUGGGCUUUUCAAAGAUGAAAUGAAGAGACGGCGUGACUUCUAUGCAGCCUAUCCCAUGGCAGACGUUCCCAAUGGGUCUAAUGAGGAUCGUGGGGAAGUUUCCGAACAAGACAAAGGGAACCUGACAGAUGAUGAAAUUGUCAGCUUAUCCAUAGAGUUUUACGAAGGAAUGAGAGAUGAAAAGAAAGGGACGAUUGAAAACGGGGAUGCGGAGAAGGAAAAAAACGGUGUAAGGUUCCUCCGGUGUCCUGCUGCCAUGACAGUCAUGCAUCUGGCUAAAUUUCUCCGCAAUAAGAUGGAUGUUCCCAGCAAGUACAAAGUGGAAGUUCUCUACGAAGACGAACCUUUAAAGGAAUAUUACACGCUUAUGGACAUCGCCUAUAUCUAUCCUUGGAGAAGGAAUGGGCCUCUCCCUUUGAAAUACCGAGUGCAGCCAGCUUGCAAGAGACUAAAACUGUCCCAGCCUGCAAACUCUGAAUGCACCAACACCAGCGGAGCAUCCGAGUGCGAAUCCGUCAGCGACAAAGCCAACAGCCCAGCCACCUUGCCCGCCACCUCCUCGUCCCUGCCAAGCCCUGCCACACCUUCCCACGGGUCGCCCAGCUCCAACACCACCACGAUAAGCAUCCCUGCCAACCCCGGCACCAUACUCAAUGGCACCUCGAACUGCCACCAAAUGCCACACUCCUCCAGCAGGGGGCGCAAAAUGACUGUGAAUGGCAGCACAGCAUCCGCCUUGACCUAGAAGGGACCCCUGGGGCAUGACUUUCCAUUUUAUAUAUAAAUAUAUAUGUGUAUAUAGGGAAAAAAAUUAUACAUACUUAUUUUCUAUUGAUUGACCAGAUUAAUUUAAAAUGCAAACAACAGACACAAAAUGUGGUUGAGUAUUUUUUAAUGAUUUUUUUUUUUUUUGU